GUCCAACAAAACUACAAUUACUACACAAGAAGCAACGUCCCUGCCGCUCCACAACCCUCACAGGAUAUGAAUCAAUGGAACGCUCCUAGCGCAUACGCCGCAACUAAGAAGGAUACCCUUCCAGCAGCACCGGCAGCUCAGGCAGACGAUCCCUUCGCUAACUUCAUGAACAUGCAGUCCUCACAAAACGCAGCACCACAGGCACCCCAACAAAGAAGCAACAUUCCAGCACCAGUGGCCGCACCACAGGAAAUCCAACAAAGAAAUGACAUCCCWGCACCAGUUCCAGCUCCACAGGAAACCCAACAGAGAAGUGCAAUCCCAAUCGACGCCGCGUAUCAAGCCCCUGUAGACCAAGCUUACCCAUCCAUGCAACAAGCUUACUUCAGAGAUCAUUUGAGGAAAUGGAGCCCAGAGGAUGAUGGGAUGUUCCCAGAGAAUCCUUAAUUGGAGUUCUCACUUUUGAUAUUUUUUAACGCGGCUUGGUUAACUAGGGGGGUUAUAUCCCUCGACAAGUCAAUUUUGCAUUGUACAUUGACACAUAUUUUAUAACCAGAGAACGAUAGUCUUCUAUGAUUAGAUWAAACACCCUCAUACAUAUUAGCGAAUAUACUUGAUGCAAAUUGCAAUAAAUAACGCAUCCAGCACAGAUGAUUGACACUUGUCAAUCAAUUAGUGACUUUAAGGGGUGCAGGAAAUAACAYUUUAAACGAAUGUACAUUGGUCAAUUUUAUUUAAAAUGACGACUUUUUGAACGGAAUAAUAAAAAAAUGAUUAUUUAGAUUA